AUGAAGCGUGCCUUGCAAGUUCUUGCUGCCCUGGGCGCAUUCGCCGGCGCCCUUGGCAGCAUCGACCCGCGGGAGCCAAAGAUCACUGGCGCGCCCUCAUUCCAUAUCGCGGCCAUUAUACCAACAGAGUCUGGUCAAAUAGGCAUCAACCCGCCUCCACCGGAGUCCGUAAAGGGCCACAUUGGCAAAAACACAAAGUACCUGACAGACCUGGGCACCAGCACCAAAUGGAUCGGGCCCAACCCGUCCUUCAUCACCGUCGCCACCAAGACCGCCACCAAGGCCGGGAAGCCCACCGUGGCCACAAUCACCAUGGGUGUGGGCGCGGCCAAGAACGCCGCCGGCGGCCUCGACAUCCUCCUGAGCCCUGCCGUCAAGGCCAAGCUCGAGGCCAUUGCCAAGCAGGUGAAGCCUUGCUCGGCGAAGCGCAGGCGCGGGGUCCAGAAGCGUCAAGGCCAGUCAUGCGGUCUGGCCGACUUUGUCAACCGCGUCGGCGAAGACGCCGAGCUGAGAGACACCUUCACCCAUCAGAUCACUGACGAAGUGUGGGCUGGUGUCGACGAGGGCUACUCUGGGGGGCCUGAUGAGAACCCUGGAUUCGAGCACGUGCAUGACGAUGAGGGCUACUUCUCCGAUGACCCUGACGGUUUCUUUGAGGGCGCCGAGGGGGACACCACCGUUGAGGCCGUCGUCUUCUCCUCUGAGGAGGAGGCUGCGGCGAUUGCGGCCGCGGCAGCUGGAUCUGAAGCUGGGUCCAUCUUCGGCGCCUCGACCGUCACGUCCGGGUCUUUCUUGGCUCUGCUGUGGACCACCCUCCAGGGCGGCAAGGCCCUCGACCAGGUGUACCAGGUUCCCAAGGAGAGCAUCCACAAGAUCACCAAGACGAAGACCAAGACUAAGGGUCCGAGCACGACGCACGAGAGCACGACUACGAGCUCGACGUGCCCCACGGGGACCAAGGUGCCUGAUUGUGGUGACGACUGUGCUCCCACGCAAGUCAAGAUUGAGGACCCCAAGAAGACCAGAGUGCCCGACUGGAAGUGCUCCGAGGGCAAAACCAAGGGCUGCAAGUGCAACCCCCCCUCGGUGGAGUUCGUGACGCCGUACUUCCAAGAGUACCAGCAGACCAUCUGGGCCGCGACCAAGGACCUGCACGAGGCCAAGCCCGAGGUGCGCGUAACCUGCGACUCGGCCAUCUCCAACGCGCCGAGCAAGUGGUUCGGCGACAUCACCAAGAACUUUUGCCCGCUGGCCAACAAGUCGGAGCUCGGCACGGGGUCCAUCGCCUACGACGUCUACGGCAACAAGAUUCCGCUCCUCAAGAACAAGGUGGCCACCAAGACGCCCAUCGAGGGCCGCUCGCUCCUGUACGAGCGCACGCCGCCAGAGUAUCAGGAGAACUACAAGGACUACAAGUUCUUUGUCAGCUGGGAGCCGGCCAAGGGCGACUGCGUGCUGCCCAAGGACACCAUGUGCGUGGAUGCUUACAAGAAGGCCGUCCAGACCAACUGCGGCAGCAACCACGGCUCGGCGGGCGACCGGCUCUUCGUCGACACCGUCAUCGACGUCGGCUGCGGCAAGUACACGUGGCACGUCGAGGCGCCGCGCAAGCCGGACCCGAAGCCGGACCCGCCCAAGGCGCAGGACCAGGUCUGCACCGACAAGUACUCCCACCCGGACGUGCCCUGGGGCGCGCAGGAGACGUGGGCCGACAUCGGCUGCCGCGACUACUCGGACACGGUGAUGAAGCCCGGCGACAAGCCCAUCUACUGGCACUCGCUUUUCAUCUACUUCCUCAACUACCAGAUCUCGUGGGUCGACGGCUGCGACAUCGUCAAGGAGCAGUCGGCCAUGAAGCCCCUGGGCAAGGACGACUCGCUCGAUUGCAAGACGCUCAUGGUGGAGAAUUACCAAAAGUGCAACAACGGUGGCGCGGGCGGCUCGAGGCAGGUCGGCUGUCUCAAGUACGAGUUUUACCCAAAGAACUAG